UUUAGCUAAUGAAUAAAAGUAAAACUGUGCAAAAAGUUUCACGGCUCAGCAGAAAGCUAAAGCAAAAGUUACUGACGAAAUUUCCAUUCCGACCCAUUCACACGGCACAAGAGAAACCACCUAUUUCCUGCUCCACAGCCUACACCGCCAGCAACACCUGCCCCCCAAGACCCCAUCCCCUCCCGCAAAGACAGCAGCUAAAUGACUAACUUCAGCUUCAGCUGGUUGUUAGCAGCGUUUCUGCCGCUCCUGUGGAUGCCAGAUGAGGCCAACGCCCGCAUCGGCUACUUCUGGCACAUCAGCGACCUGCAUCUGGACACACAUUACUCCACACAGGGCGAUAUCUACAAAAGCUGCUGGCAGCUGGCGCACACCAGCGCCUCCGUCGCCUCCAAUGGGCGCCAGGAGACGGAGACAGAGUCGCCGGGUCCGUUUGGCAACCACAACUGCGAUAGUCCCUGGAGUCUCGUCGAGUCAGCGGUCAAGACCAUGAAGGCCAAGCAGGGCGACAAUGUGGAGUUUGUGCUCUGGACCGGCGACGCCCUCUCGCACUCCGCUCAGGCACGCUCCGAGCAUGUGCAGCUCGAGACAUUGCGCAACAUCACCGAACUGCUGGGACGCAGCUUCUCCUCGCCCUUCAUAUUCCCCGUGCUGGGCCACGAGGACGGCAGCAGCGGCCUCCACAAGUACAAACAAAUGGGCGAACUCUGGCGCCACUGGCUGCCCACAGAGGCACUCGUCACGUUCGAGCAGGGCGGCUACUAUUCCAUCGAGCAAACCAAAAGCCGUCUCCGCAUCAUUGCCCUGAACACCAACUUUAUGCGAUACGAGCUCCUCUCCGAGGCCAAGCAGUCGGACAGCCUGCGCUGGUCGGCUGACUACUAUGUGAAGCCCAGUCGCACAAUGUCCGGCCAGGAUCAACUGCAGGCCGAGCAACAGUGGCUGUGGCUGGAUGAGGUGCUGGCCAAGUCGAGGGACAAACAGGAAACGGUGUACAUAGUCGGACACAUGCCGCCGGGCGUGGAUGAGCGCUACGUGGGACCGCAGCAUCGUGGCCAGCUGAUCUUCACGGAACGCAACAAUAGACGCUAUCUGGAGCUGGUGCGCAAGCAUGCCUCGGUCAUCCAGGGCCAGUUCUUUGGGCAUCUGCACUCGGACACCUUUCGGCUAAUCUACGAUGAUCAGGGCACGCCGAUUUCGUGGCUGAUGAUAGCGCCGUCGGUGGUGCCGCGCAAGGAGGGUAUUGGCGCCUCCAAUAAUCCAGCGCUGCGUCUAUACAAGUUCGACACGGGCAGCGGCCAGGUGCUGGACUAUACGCAAUAUUGGCUGGACUUGUCGCUGGCCAAUCGCGCCAACGAGCCUCUCUGGCAGUCCGAGUACAAUCUGACGCAUUAUUAUGCGCUCGGCGACAUUUCGGCCAUAACGCUGCACAACUUUGCGGAGCGUUUCACCGGCAAGGAUGCCUCUUGGUUUAGCAGAUAUCAUCGCGCCAAUGCCGUCAGAUUUCAGUCCGGCACCGCCUGUCUGGGCCGUUGCAUGCUCAAUCAUUAUUGCGCAAUCACGCGCCUGGACUACGACGAGUUCCGGCUGUGUCUGGAGUCGGAGCAGCUGCCGUUGCAGAGUCAUGCGGCCGUUGCCGUGCUCAGCAGCUGCAGCUGUGCCCUGCUCUCGCUGCUCCUGGCGCUCAGCUUCCUCUGCUGCUUUCGGGAGUACAGUCUGAACUGGCUGCUGCGGCUGAUCGAGCCGGGCGUGUUGCCCCCAAGGCCGUACACCAACAACAGCAACCCCAACCCAGCGAAUUUAUAAGUAAACGAUUUACGAGUUUAGCCAGACAGGAUGACCUUUGGCAUCAACUGGGCCCCUCCCCCCAUCUUAAGCUGGAUGCAGGCGCACUCUUCCUAUUCAAAUAUCGCGCUAUUUAAAUCUCUCAACUUAUGCUGUCCGUGUGUGUGUGUUUGCUUGUGCAUGUGUGUGUUCGUGUCUGUGUGUGCAUGUGUGCGUCUGUAUGCCAGCCAUAUCAUAUGUGUGUGUGAUAAAAUUCGUCUAUUAUUAUGAAUACUAUUAAAUGUAUAUGAAAAUAAACGCAAAUUAUUAAUGUUAA